CAUAAUUUUCUUAUCAAUGAACUGAUAUUGUAAACAUUAUGGACACAUGGAUGUGGAAUACCAACAACAAAGCGAAUUCAUUGUCCGAGAUUGACAAUGCGGUUUUCGAAACGAGUUCGUUGAAUGUCCCAAAUCUGGUCAUAUAAAAAUCUUUAGUUCGUGCACUGCGCGUGGCAGUUGGACAGCCUCUAUCCCACGAUGAAGCUGAUCAUGAUAUUGGCACUGAUAUUAGCCCUGAUGGCUUUGGUGACGGCCCAGGAAUGCAACCUGCCGUGCAACAGACGCAUCGAGUACCUCUGCGGUAGAACGGUGCGAAAUGGGAGUGAAAUCGAGUGCACUUUCAGGAAUCCUUGCGCGAUGGAUAGGCAUGGCUGUGAGAAGCGAGAAGUUUGGAGGAAGACGUCGACAGGUCGGUGCACGAGAGACUCGGAUGCAUGUGGUCGCUAGGGGGAAAUACCAGCUGGUAGCAGGAGAAGGUCAACAGCAUAAGGGCACCGACGGCUGAGCGCAAUAACAGAUAUG